UUUAUUUCAUCUUCGACUGGAAUACGCAAUUAAAAGUUUCACUUAAAAGUUAUUUUCGUGUUCCUUGUCACAUUUGAUUUCAGUUAUGCACUGAACCAUCUGUGGAAUGGAAAAGAAGAUACAUAAAAGAUGUUUCAUUAGUGGUUGUUCUGGCAAAAGUGAUAAAGAAAAUACACAUGUUGGGGUGUUCAGUGUACCCAAGGCUUCAUUAGCAAUCUGGCAAGAGAUUAUUCCAAAAGGAGGUUUGACAGCUACUUCAAAGAUUUGUAGUAGACAUUUUGAAGAGGCUGAUAUCGAAAAAGGGAGAGUAAUACAAGAUAAAUUCUAUCCUUAUGCAAGAUGGACACUUAAGCCUGGUGCUGUACCAAAGUUUUUCCUAGGACCGUCUGUCUCACAUGCAAGCUCAUUAUCAAACAAGAAAGAUAUACCUCUGAAAUGCAGCAGUACUAAAACUGUCACUAAAGAUUCACCUAUUGUACUUCCCCGCUUAUUACCAAAAAGGACAACUGAUAUUCCAUGUGAUCGCAUUGGUGACCCAAACAGCAAUCUUUCUGUCCAUGGCCCUGUGACGCACUACAUCCUAGUACAUGAAUCUCCGCUGAUCUUUCAGAAUUCCAAUGUAGCUACCCAGCUCAUUCAGAAUGAUCCCAGUUUGAAUACCUUUGGUGGUUUGCCUUCAACUUCAUCCAUACAUUUGGCGCAAAUUGAUGACACCAGUGCUGCUUCUUCCAUACCGUCUCAUAGUGACCACGAUUACGUAGUAGAAACUGUCCGAUCAAACGUUCCUGCAAAAAAAGGCAAUCCUGAAAUCGUUGCAUCACAAGUAGAAGAAAGUCGUAGCGUGUCUUCAUCUGCUGUGCACGAUUGCGACCACAGCUAUGGUAUUCGUCCCUCAUGUUCGGCGCCUACGGUUGAAGAGUCCUGCCUUGAUUUGGAUGCUGUUGGUUAUCGUGACUUUAUCUCUGGUGUCAGUUUCCCUUCAGCCGAAUGGUACUGGUCGUUCAAUGAGCGAACCAAACUUCUCAUCUGUUCUUGUCAUUACCUUUCCCACGAUGGUGUGAUGACUAUCAAAACUGUGAGAAUAAUCACCAAGACUAAAGUUGAAUUGUUUCUCAAUGGAAAAUCGAUACAGCCACCGUACAUCAAAUUGGAGUUUCAUAAGAAAACGGAAUUGUCAAAGAUUCUUGAGGAUUUCCACAUUCGAAAAACAUGUCUAGGAAUUGUGGAAGAAUCACUGAAAGAUGUUGAAGUGACGGAUAAAUAUGCCGCUUUUAAGGAUCGAAAUGUGUGGCGGUCGAAGGAAUGCUUGGGACUCGCAAACACUCGUCUGCUCUGCCUAAAAUGCCAAAUGUUAAGGAGGAAUUUGAGACGGAUGAUAAAGAAUCCCAUCAAAUCGAAAGAUUUUAAAAAAUAUUAUAGGCGCAAACUGGAUACCUCUCAAAGAGCUCUGCAACGAAUGAAACAGAAGGCGGAGAAGUAUUCGGCUACCAUAGAUGAAUUGCGGAAAGAAAGACAAAAAUUGAUAUGGAACGCGUUUGAUGCCAGGAUCAAGAUUCUAAAUCCAAAAGAGCAACUGGUUGUUAAAACAAUGAUGGCCAAAGCCAAGGUGACCCCAGGGAGGAACGAUAGGUUCACAGCAAUGCGCUAUGAUCCGGAAUUUCUCGCAGACUGUCUACUAAUUAAACGGAAAAGCAGUGCAGUAUACAAGCAUUUACGCUCCAAUGGCAUUCUUCCUCUACCAAGUCUAAGCACACUCCUUAGAUUGGCCAAGAAAUCAAAUCUAGGAAGCUUAAACUCUGAAGUGACUGGCGCCGUUCAUGAUUCUGAUGAACCAAUACAACAUACCCUGGAUCAGUCCGAUUCAACCCCCGAUUCAGAUCAGUUAACUUCAAAGAACCUGUGGGAAGAAACUAUGGAAAACGGAUGUUCCGAAUCCACUGACUUUACAGUAGCCAUGUCGCCUGAAAUUGUAUUGCCGGAAGCAGAAGAAAUUAUUGUUGAAAUUUAUUCAGCUGAAUAAAAAUUACACAUAAAAAAAAA